AUGGCAUGGAUAUCCGCGUAUUUCCUCCCUCUGCUUCUUUUCUGCAUUACGAGCUCGCUGAAUGCUCAAGCUCCUCCACAAACAUUCUUUCCACUGGCUGUGCCGCUGGCGGUGCGCUCGCCAUAUAUGAAUGUCUGGUUCAAUAGUGGCAACGACUCUCAGUAUUUAACAAGCAAUGUCCCGGUGGUUCCUUGGUCCAAGGCGAGUUUUCCUGAUUGCGCGAACAUGGGGUGGACCAAUAUGGUGGUAAUUGAUGGCCAGCAUUACUCCAUUACUGGAUAUGCAGACAGAGUAUCCAACAUCACUGCUCCUGCAACCGUCACUGGGGUACAUAUCACACCUACCCGCUCGGUGUACUCUAUGCAGGCCGGCCCGAUGAACAUCAACUUCACAUUUCUGUCUCCAAUCGAGCCCGACGACUGGGUGAAACAAUCGCUUCCAUUCACGUAUGCGUACUUCGAAGCGUCUUCCACAGAUAACGCCCCACAUGCUGUGAGCGUCUUUUCGACCGUGACUGUAGAAUGGGUGACCGGAGACAGAACGAAUGCCGUUCAGUGGAGCAUGAACACCACAGAAGCAAGCCGUUUCUGGCAGUUCAGUCGUCCACAACCGCCAGCGUUUCUCGAGGUCAAUGGUCAAGCGGAGGAUGGAACAGCUUACUUCGCGGUUUCGAAGAAUCUCGACGUUUCCUUCGAGGAAAACACCGCUUGGGAAGUUAUCGUAGACUUCGUCGCAAACAGCACGCUUUCAAACCGUCUUUCCAGCCAACAUGCACCCGUCGCCCCUUUCUUUCCCAGUCUGGCGCUCGCUGUUGACCUAGGCUCCAUAACGUCCACUUCGGAACCCGUCUCUUGGGCGCUCGGAUUCACUCGCGAUCCCGUUGUACAAGUGGCACUCCCAUCCGGGGGUACCAAGUCGCGGAGACCGUACUAUGCCAUGCAGUUCUCCGAUAUCAACGCGGCUAUCGACUCCGUCAUUAUCGACUUCCCCAACGCACUCCAGCGUGCGAUUGCUCUGGAUGCGAAGCUCAUGGAUGCCGCCAGCCAAGUUUCCCCACAGUACAGCGAUCUCGUGUCUCUGUCUGCGCGUCAGACAAUGGCAUCGUUGGACAUCACCGUGGGCGAAGACGCACAGGGGAACGUCAAUGGCUCCGACGUGCAGAUCUUCAUGAAGGACAUCAGCAUAUCGAAUACCAACUCCGCACGUGUCAACCCCGUCGACAAGAUGUACGCAGCAUUCCCCGCAUUUCAAGUCCUGAACACGUCCCUCGGCGCAGCCAUGCUAUCUCCGCUGCUGGAAGCUCAAGAAGGUAUCCGAGGACAGUCAUUCGCCUCUCCUGAUAUGGUAUCUUAUCAUGCCGCCGUCGAUACAACUGACCACGCUCUGCAUUCAGAAAGCGGAAACAUGCUGAUAAUGCUGCUGGCCCAAGCGCAAGGGACAGGCGACACGUCGCUUCUCGCGCGAUAUUACUCGCUGGAGACGCGGUGGGCGGACUACCUUGUCGACAACUCUUUAUUAUCGCAAAAUCAGGAAACGGCAGAUGCGGGGUCCGGGGCGAACAACACCAAUCUUGCGAUCAAAGGGAUCAUCGGAGUGAGGGCGAUGGCUGGGAUCAGCGCGGCUUUGGGCGAGAGUAAAGACGCCGCGAAUUACAACAACUCUGCCACUGAACUCUACAACCAAUGGCUCUCCUUGGCUCUAUCCUCGGACAAGAGCCGCAUUCUGGGGAAGUACAAUGACGAGUCCUCUUCGUCGUUGAUGUACAAUCUGUUUGCCGAUCGUUGGCUCGGAACAGGCCUGGUUUCAGAAGAUCUACUGAACGACGCAACUGCGUACUACAAGACGCUGCUCACAGGGGACUCAUCCACGCUCGGUCUAUCCCUUGACAGCACGACGGGGGCCACGAGUAGCAUCAUGUCUCAGCUCUUCUUGGCAGCCACAGUGACAGAUACGUCCGUCCGCGACCAGCUCGUAGAGAAGGUGUGGGCACGCGCCAGCCUUAACUCUUCAGAGGGACCUCUUCCGGAGAGGUAUGACAACAUCAAUGGUAACAGUGUUCUGGACGGAGUGGCAGGGUGCGUGCUCGACUUUGGUGCGCCGAUUAUCGCAAGAGACUAA